UCGAGUGUGAUAGCGGUUUCGAAGUAGUGGGUGUUUUCCCUAGCGCCGCUAGCAUAUGGUGUGUACACACUGGAGCGCGUGCACACGGCGACAAUCUUGGUAGUCAGUCUGCGGAUUGCAGCGAAUUCGCUCAUUUGAAAAAAAUAAAACAUGGCUGGAAGAGGUGGUUAUGAACACGCUAGAGGUGGCUUUGGAGGCGAACGGCAUGUGAAGCAAAUGCCAACGGAACCCCCAUUUAUUGCGUACGUGGGCAACUUGCCACAGGGUCUCGUUCAGGGAGAUGUUAUGAAAAUAUUUAAUGACUUCGAGGUGAAAAACGUGCGACUUGUCAAGGAUCGCGAAACGGAUCAGUUUAAGGGCUUCUGUUAUGUGGAGUUCGAGACGUUGGACAAUUUGGAGCGUGCCCUCGAAUGUGAUGGUCGAAUAAAGUUGGAUGAUCUGUCGGCCCCGCUGCGGAUAGACAUUGCUGAUCGCAGGAAAAAUGAACGCCCUGGUGGCGGCAUUGGCGGCGGCGGCGGCAAUGGCGGCGGCAUGAGCCGCGAUGGCGGUCGAGAUGGCUUCCAGAAACGGGGACCACCACGUCAGGGCGGCAGCAGUCAAUCGUAUAGCCGAGGCGGUCCUGGCACCGGCGGCGGUCGCGAGGCCGGCGGCGGCUCUGGUAAUCGUGGCGAUAGUAGAGGUUCGUACAAUGAUAAUUAUGGUGGUCACAGUGAUAGAAGUCGUGGCGGCGCCAGCUCCGGCAUGAAUAGAGGAUACAAUGAUCGCCCGGCAAAUCGUGGCCGUUAUGGUAAUUUCAACAAUGACGAGCGCUUUGAUCGCAAUCAGGAUCGGGAUCGUGGCCAACGCGAAGGCAGCUAUGGUAACCAGUCGCGCGAUGGCGAUCGGUAUAACAACUUCAGCCGGCAUCGUGACCGCGAGCGCACCCACUAUAAUCCCAACCAGCAGCAGGAACGUCCCAGCGGCGUUGCAAUGGGCGCCAUUGGUAACAAUUCGAUGAGGCAAGAUUCCAAUAUGACUGCUAAUAAUUUGGAUAUUGUUGCAGAUGAUACGGAGCGGCCACGCCUCCAGCUAAAGCCGCGAACUAUUGCGGCGCCCAUUAACGCGGUGGCUGAAACCAAACAAUCGGCCUCCAUAUUCGGCAAUGCCAAGCCGCGCGAGGAAAAGCUUAAGGAGCUGCAACAGAAUAUGAAUCACAAUGGCGAUAACUAGGCGGCGGCUCUGGAUACCUUUAAUAUGCCUAAAUGAUAUUUAAACAAACAGCAAAAUAACAAUACAAACAACAAAAAAGAGCUAAUGAAAAUGAUAGGGGCAUAUAUCAUUUGUGUGAAAGAGGCGGAAUGCAUAUAUAUGAAGAGUCGAGCGGAUGAGAUGGAAGCAAAUGCAAAAACAAUACAAAAAUAUAAUUAAUAACUACGCUAUAUACCUAUUAUAUAAAAACGCUAUGUACUAUGCAUACAUAAUACACAUAAAAAACACUUGGCUGGCCCUAUCCCCCGCGUCAGCCAUAGCAGCAAAGCAACUUAACAGAAAGAAAACAAAAAAACAAACAAACAAACAAUGCGAAAUAACUUUAUUAUCACAUGAGUUUGCUGGAAAUUGGAGCAAAAGAAACAAUAACAUCGGCGACAACAACAACAAAUAACAACUUGAACGACAACACCAACAACAACAACAACAAC